UAUUAUUUAUAAAAAAAAAUUUAUUAAAUAUGUACUUUUUUGAAAAUCGUUGAUUUAAAAGGUUGCGAUGGGCGUAAAAACGACGCCGUACGGGUAGAAAUCAGGAGGAAUUUUCAGUAUUUCCACUUCCAUGGCAUCGAAAGAAAAGCCCUAGAACUGCCAGAACUCUUUGCCAGAUUUUCGGAUCGCUUUUCGAUUUGGUAUCGUAGUUCAUCGCUGAUAAUUUAUAUUUCUUCGUAAUAAAAAAGGAAAUGGAAGCUUUUGGUUAACUGCGCUAUCGUAUUCAACUCAUUUUGCUCGAUUUCAAAGCUUGAAUGAGAUGGCGUCUUCGCAUAAUGUCGAGUUGGAGGCAGCAAAGUUUCUGCACAAACUCAUUCAAGAUUCUAAAGAUGAGCCCGCAAAAUUGGCUGCGAAACUUUACGUGAUAUUACAACACAUGAAGUCAAGUGGGAAGGAGCAUUCUAUGCCUUAUCAAGUAAUAUCAAGGGCAAUGGAGACUGUUAUCAAUCAACAUGGUCUUGAUAUUGAAGCCCUGAAGUCAUCGCGCCUUCCUAUGGCUGGAGGAACUCAAACAGGCGAUUCCGCAACCGCACAAUUUGGAGGGUCUUCUCAAGCUGCUGGGGUUUCAAAAGAUUCCAAAGCGGGCAUGGCUGAAAAUGAGAUUGCGAAAGUUGAUCCAUUUGGAUCAAGUAGGCCGCCUGUUGGUCCAAGUAGUGGAGGACACGACUAUUAUCAAGGAGCUGGACCCCAUAGGAGUAGUCAGUCUUUUGAUCAUGAAAGUCCAUCUAGUUUGGACUCUAGGUCCGCUAACUCGCAAUCACAAGAAAGGCGUGAUACGGCAAAUUGGGAAAAACAGGUGAAUCAAAAAGACACCAAAAAGACAACUAGUAAGCGAAAGAGGGUAGAUACUUCAGUUCCCAUGGAACCACACAAUGAAAAUGCUCAGCAACUUGAUACCCGCAGCACUGUAGGUAAUUCAAGGAAGGGAAAGAUGAACAAAAUUGAACCGUCUUCUACUUUUAAUAUUCUUCCAAAUAGUGGCCAAGUGGAAAACUUCUCGUCCUUGUCUGGUAGCAUGAGACAGGUGAUUAGAUCCAAACAAGAGGCUCAACAUUUGAUAGAUAAACAGUUGGAUUCACCGAACAUUAGCAAUCCAAUCUCUCGGGCUCCAAGUUCAAAGUUCCCCGAAGAUUUGGAAGUUUCCUCUAUGCAAAGUCCUUCGACACAGCAACAGGUUGGUUCAGUACCAUCUACACAUGACAUUAUGGGUGUGUGGAAUCAAAAUAAACUUGGUGUACCGUUUGAAAAGUCCCAGGUUCCCAGAUUUCCAUCUAAUCCAGUUCCUGGCACCAUGACAGCAGAAAUUCCAAUGCAGCAGUCAACAGUUCCAUCUGUUGGAUUAAAUCCGUUUGCGAAGGUUCAUGGAGGGGUUCCUGUGGCUUCUAAUCCAUUUCCAGUUGCAGAGUCUGGAUUCUCAAGUCCAAUGCAAUUUGGUGGUGCAAUGCCUGGAAAGGUUAUGGAAAACGAUGGAGGAAGUUCAAAUAUGUUAGCAGAUGCAAGUAAACUUUCUCAGGGUGCCAGGGAAAGCAGCAUAUCUGAGAUGAAUAUGCUUAGAAGUGCAACAUCUAGAGAUCCUGGAAAAUCUCCUGUAGCAUCUGGUAUGCCUUUUAAGGAACAGCAGUUGAAACAGCUGAGGGCCCAGUGUCUUGUAUUUUUAGCCUUCAGAAAUGGGUUGAUGCCAAAGAAGUUGCAUCUCGAAAUUGCUCUUGGAAACAUAUUUCCUAAAGAAGGUACUAAUACUGAUGGACCUCGCAAAGAGUUGAUCGACCAUAAAGGGAAAGCACAAUCUUCUAAUGAUCCAAAUAUUGUUCCUGAGGUCAUGAUGCCACCUGUAAGACUGAACAACACCAGGGAAGCUGAUAAAAUACCUUCAGGUGCCUCAUCCACUGGAAGAUUCCAAGAAACUGAAUCCUUAUCUAUAGAAGCUGGGAGCUCAAAAAUGGAGGACAAAGGUGGCCCACCUUCAGACCAUUCUGUACUUGCAGAAGAAAGAAAACUUCUACUUUCAAGAAAGCCUGAUGCUGAAAUACAAACACAGGAAACAACAUCUUCCCUAGCAAUGGCAUCGCAAAAGAAUGAUUUUUCUGGUGGAAGGGGUGGUAUAACUGUUACCAUGCCUGGGGAAAAUAUGGAAAAUGGCCACCUGCUAGUUGGAAAGGCUAACCAAGCCUCGUAUAUAGCCAUGAAUAGGCAGAUGACUCCUGAGAUGAUUGGUUGGACUGGAGUUGGUAAUCCUAAUGAUGUUUCUAGAGGACCACUACCAACCUCCAGUGUUCAGCGUGAGAUGGUGCCUGCAAGAAAGGAUAAUGCACCUAUAAGAGAUCGUUGGAGACCAGUUUCUGGAAUUGAAAAUGAUCACCAUGCAGUACCUCCUAUGAAGGAUGUUAAUAUGAUGCAAAAGCAUGUAUUGCAGGAUGAUUCUAAAGUUUCUGCUAUUCAAAAUGGAUGCUUUUCAGAUGGACGGAAAGUAGUUCAUUUUUCUGAAACACUGAAAAAUGGCACUAGUUUUACUGCAGAGCAAGUUGAGGAAGAUGACUCAUUAUCGACUGAUGUGCCACCUUCUCCUAAGUACACCAUGUUAGAGAAAUGGACCAUGGAUCAGCAGAAAAAGAAACAUUUAGAAGAGCAAAAUUGGAUUCUAAAACAGCAGAAAGCAAAGCAAAGAAUUGCAGUGUCUUUCCACAAGUCAAAGGAGAAUGUGAGCUCGUCUGAAGAUAUAUCUGCAAAAACAAAAAGUGUCAUAGAGCUUAAGAAACUACAACUAUUGGAGCUUCAACGUCGUCUUCGGAGUGAUUUCCUGAAUGACUUUUUUAGACCAAUCACGACUGAAAUGGAUCGCUUGAAAUCAUUUAAGAAACACAGACAUGGCAGGAGAAUAAAACAAUUAGAAAAGUUUGAACAGAAAAUGAAGGAAGAGCGACAAAAGAGAAUACGAGAAAGGCAGAAGGAGUUCUUUAGUGAGAUAGAAGUUCACAAGGAAAGACUUGAUGAUGUGUUCAAGUUUAAGAGAGAACGGUGGAAGGGUUUCAAUAAAUAUGUAAAGGAAUUCCACAAGAGGAAGGAACGCAUCCAUCGUGAGAAGAUUGAUCGGAUCCAACGUGAGAAGAUUAAUUUGUUAAAGAUCAAUGAUGUGGAAGGAUAUCUUCGAAUGGUGCAGGAUGCCAAGUCUGAUCGUGUUAAGCAACUUCUUAAAGAAACAGAGAAAUACCUUCAAAAGCUUGGAUCCAAGCUACAGGAGGCAAAGUCUAUGGCAAGUCGAUUUGAACAUGAUAUGGAUGAGACAGGAGCUCCAAGUGUUGUUGAGAAGAGUGAGACUGCAUUUGAAAAUGAAGAUGAAAGUGAUCAAGCAAAGCAUUAUUUGGAAAGCAAUGAAAAGUACUAUUUGAUGGCUCAUAGUAUAAAAGAGAGCAUUGCAGAUCAGCCAUCUUGUCUUCAGGGUGGAAAAUUAAGAGAGUAUCAAAUGAAUGGUCUAAGGUGGUUGGUUUCGCUAUACAAUAAUCAUUUGAAUGGUAUCCUGGCUGAUGAGAUGGGCCUUGGUAAAACUGUUCAGGUUAUUGCUUUAAUUUGUUACCUGAUGGAGACCAAAAACGAUAGAGGACCCUUUUUAGUGGUUGUGCCAUCUUCAGUUUUACCUGGAUGGGAAACAGAAAUAAGCAUAUGGGCACCUAGUAUACAUAAGAUUGUCUAUUUCGGGCCUCCGGAGGAGAGGCGUAAGUUAUUCAAGGAAAAAAUUGUUCACCAGAAAUUCAAUGUCCUCCUGACAACAUAUGAGUAUCUGAUGAACAAGCAUGACAGACCAAAACUAAGUAAAAUACACUGGCGUUAUAUAAUAAUUGAUGAAGGACACCGUAUAAAAAAUGCUUCGUGCAAGUUAAAUGCUGACCUGAAGCAUUAUCGGAGCUCUCAUAGAUUGUUAUUAACUGGAACUCCACUACAGAACAACCUUGAGGAGUUGUGGGCAUUGCUGAACUUCCUGUUGCCUAAUAUUUUCAACUCUUCAGAGGAUUUUUCUCAGUGGUUCAACAAACCAUUUCAGAGUAAUGGUGAUAACUCAGCGGAUGAAGCUUUGCUCUCCGAGGAGGAGAAUCUCUUGAUCAUAAAUCGUCUUCACCAAGUACUUCGACCAUUUGUGCUUCGGAGGCUGAAACACAAGGUUGAAAAUCAAUUGCCAGAAAAGAUUGAGAGACUUAUAAGAUGUGAGGCUUCUGCUUAUCAGAAGCUUUUGAUGAAGAGGGUCGAAGAAAAUCUGGGAUCGAUUGGAAGUUCUAGGUCUCGGUCAGUGCAUAACUCUGUUAUGGAGCUUCGCAAUAUAUGCAAUCAUCCUUAUCUUAGCCAGCUUCAUGCAGAGGAGGUCAAUAGUUUGAUACCUAAGCAUUAUCUCCCAACUGUUAUUAGACUUUGUGGGAAGCUUGAAAUGUUAGAUCGGAUACUACCCAAGUUAAAAGCAACAGAUCAUAGGGUUCUUUUCUUUUCCACAAUGACCCGACUACUUGAUCUUAUGGAGGAGUAUCUCAACUUCAAGCAAUAUCAGUACCUUCGGUUGGACGGCCAGACAUCUGGGAAUGUUCGUGGUGCCCUCAUUGACCAGUUCAACAAUCCAAAUUCACCUGUAUUUAUAUUUCUUCUCAGUAUUCGGGCUGGUGGUGUUGGAGUAAAUCUUCAAGCUGCUGAUACAGUGAUCAUAUUUGAUACUGACUGGAAUCCACAGGUGGAUUUGCAAGCUCAGGCGAGAGCUCAUAGAAUUGGCCAGAAAAGGGAUGUGCUUGUUCUUCGAUUUGAAACGGUCCAAACUGUUGAAGAACAAGUCAGAGCUUCAGCUGAGCACAAACUGGGAGUUGCUAAUCAGAGCAUAACUGCUGGUUUCUUUGACAAUAAUACCAGUGCUGAAGAUCGAAGAGAAUAUCUAGAGGCACUUCUCCGAGAGUGUAAGAAAGAGGAAGCUGCACCUGUUUUAGAUGAUGAUGCACUAAAUGAUCUCUUAGCCCGCAGUGAGCCAGAGAUUGAUAUCUUUGAAUCUGUUGAUAAACAAAGGCAGGAAGCAGAGAUGGCGACAUGGAGGAAGCUGGUAAUUGAACGAGGGUUAGAUAGUUCUGAACCUUUACCUCCUCUGCCUUCCCGCCUUGUUACAGAGGAAGAUUUGAAGGAAUUCUAUGAAGUAAUGAAGAUAUACGAAGUGCCAAAACCUGGGCCUGGUAUGGUGUCAAAUGUUGGUGUCAAGCGGAAGGGUGAGUAUCUUGGGGGCCUUGAUACUCAGCAAUAUGGAAGAGGAAAACGAGCAAGAGAGGUUCGUUCCUAUGAAGAGCAAUGGACGGAGGAGGAGUUUGAAAAGAUGUGUCAGGUUGACUCCCCUGAAUCUCCUAGCAAACCGAAGGAAGAAGUUAAAGACACAAAUUUGCCAACAGAUGCCAGUCGAUCUAUUGUGACUGUUAAGACAGAAAUUCCUGCUCCACUUUCAUCAGAGCAAUCCCACUCAACACACCAACCAGUCACAUCAAUCCCACCACCUCCACCAGCACCCACUGUCCAACCUGCACCGAUUAUCCAACCAACACCGACUAUCCAACCACCACAUCUGCAGCAAGGCAAAGAGGUAACACCACCAGCUAAGCGUGGCCGUGGGAGGCCAAAAAGAGCUACUACAGAUCAAUCACCAACUGCUGUGGUUCUUACAGCUCCCUCUGGAACUGACAAAGUGGAUUUGGCAUUACAGAGAGGAACAACAUCUAGCUCUGAUACAACCUCCUGUCCCAAUCCUUUAGCGGUCAAUGUAAAAGGUGUCAUUGGGACUGUACAUCAAACUGGUAUAGGGGUUACACCUAGUUCUCAACCAACCACUCCCCCUUCUGCUACUUCUGGAGCACAAGUAGCUGCUGUCCCUUCUGUUCCCGUGCAAGGAAGAGGACAGGGUCGGAAAAUUCAAAGUUCUGGAGAAGCACCCCGGCGUAGGGGAAAGAAACAGGGGCCAGUAUCACCUGCUGUUACUAGUGGUUUGACUGGAUCGGAUCUAAAACAAAAUGAGAUUCAACAGAAUAAAUCAAUGAAUCCAUCAGUAAAUCAGGCCACUGUCAUUACUGCAACUGUUUCUAGUACUCCUCUGGUCCAGUGUCCUGAUUCUUUACCAGGUUCUGCUGCUUCACAAGGUACUGAUGUAAUAGAUCCUCAUCAUGGCGAGGGUACAGGUUUGAGCUCUCCUCAAACCCCUACUUUGCAAGGUGUUAAUCCUGUAUCUCAAUCCUCUUCUCCUUGCCCUUCUGUGCCCAUGCAAAUGAAAGGGCAAGGUCGGAAGACUCAGAGUGGUGCAGGUGGAACCCGGCGUAGGGGAAAGAAACAGGCACUAGUAUCACCUCCUGUUCCUGAUGUGUCACCUGGUCAGGAUUUAAAACCAAAUGUAAAUUCACAGAAUAAAUCUGGUGAUUUGAGUGAGAGUCAAGCUGUGAAAAGCAAGCAAGAUGUUGCUAAGGAGCCAACCAAUGCUAUACAAGAGCAAGUAUGUCAUGCACCUGAUAGUUUGGCAGGUCCAGAUCAAGACGUAAAAUCAACCAAACAGCCGGUUGGCUUAGCUCUAGCUAAGCAGUCAGAAGUCUCAUCAACCACACAUGACAGUGAUCAGAUCUCCAUGGGCCCUACAUCCGGAGAGAGUCAAAAUGCUGCUGUCCUCAAUGUUGCAUCUCUGACAAAGGAUGCUUCCAAUGAAAAUUGCUCAUCCAAACUGGAAGCAAAUAAGCUUUCAGGAAAUGAAGCUGUUGUUGCUCCAGCUGUAGCUUUAUCAAGCACGACUUCCCCUGAGGUGACCAAGGACUCAUGUUUAGUGGAUAGAACUGUUACGGCUACAUCUACCGUAAUGAGUGCAGCUCUAGUUGUUCCUUCAACUGAUUCUUUUGCCACUUCCACUACAAUGGAAGGUAUCACUAAGACAAAGCAUCUUGUUGCUGCAGAAAUUGCUAUCAACCCUCAGUCUACCCCUCCUUACCCUUCUGUUCCUGCAGCCUCUCAAUCUACUGGUGCUUUACCAACUGAAUCUAUACAAGUCAAAAGACAAGGUCGAAAGGCUCCACCUAGAGGAGAAACACCUCGUCGCAGGGGAAAGAAACAGGCUUUAACAAUGUCUGCUGUACCUGAUGGUUCAGCAGCUCACGCUUCAAAAUUAAGUUCUCAAUCCCAGAAUAGGUCUGAUGAUGCAAUUGGAAGCAAGUCUGCUAUCCUAAGGGGUAAGCAUGGAACUGACACACAGGAAAACAAUGUUAUUCAGGCUCAGAUAUCUGAGGUCAAUUUGCCUAGUGGUUUAGCUGGUCAGGAUCCAAAAAGAAAAGAGCAAUCUGGUCAUACUCCCCCAGUGAAGCAGUUAAUAAAUCCUCCGACAACAAUUGACAGUGCUCUUGGAUCCUCUGAUAAAAAUUCUGCUUUAGGUCGAAUUCAAACAGCUAAUGUAAAUGAUGUUGCACGAGUUAUGAAAGAGGUUUUUUCUGGAACUUGCUUGUCAAAAAAUAAAAGUGGGGAGACUGCUGGGAAAGAAGGUAGGGCUGUCCAUAAUUUACCGGUAGUAAGUAAGACUGUUAUGGAAGUGGCCAAAAAUCAAACUUUGGAGGAUAAAGCACAUUCAUCUAUGCCUACUCUGACCACAGCUUCUGUUCUUGACCUUCCGGUGAAUUAUGAAAAACGAUCUGGAAUGGAAGCAGAUGGCACCCGUGUUCUCAUGACUGAUUUGAGUAAAUCGGAAAUCAAGACAACUGCAGUUUCAGUUGUGAAAAUGGCAGACUCAGAAAAACAUUCUAAUGAAGAUGCAAUUUCACUGCCUAACACAGGAGCUCUAUGUACAGCUUCUCUUAGUGCUGGAGAAAGGGAUGAUGGGCUUUCUGAGAGAGAAUCUCCUGAUGCUGGUCCACCUGGUUUUACUACAAGGGCCUCUGGCAAUGAUGUAAGUUCAUCUUUGGUUCCUCCAAGUGUGGUGGAGCCUGUGGCAAUGUCAAAUACUUCUGGAAACAAAACUGAAAUGUUGACAAAGGAGUCUCCAAACUCUUCUCACCUUGAUGCCAGAGGAUUUGAAUGUCAGACAAUUUCCACAAAAACAGACAAGUCCAAUGAUUAUCCUGAAACCACUCCGCCUAUUCCUGUGACUCCAGAAAAUUUAGGCAUAGUGGUCACUUCUGCUAUGAUUGUCAGUGGCUCUGAGAACAAAAUAGAGCCUUCUGUUAAAGAGCUUCAGUUAACAUCUCCUGUAAUUUCAGAAAAGGCUGAUGAUGAUGAUGGUGAGCAUCCUAAAUCACCAAUUUCUCAAAUUCUGGAUCAUUCCAGUGUGGUAGAGCUUCAGUUAACAUCUCCACAAGAUGAAGGCAAUCCUGAAGCUCCUGUAAUUUCAGAAAAGGCUGAUGAUGAUGAUGAUGGUGAGCAUCCUAAAUCACCAAUUUCUCAAAGUCUGGAUCAUUCCAGUGUGGUAGAGCCUCCUAUGACUGAGAUUCAGUCUGGAAAUGAUAGAGAGCCUGCUUUAAAUGAGGUUAAAAAUUGUUCUCUUGAUAUUGGAAUUGAUGAAAAUGCUCCAACUAUUUCUUUGACUCGAGAUCGAUCCACUGGUGUUAAAUUUGAGAAGCGUUCCUCUGAGAGUGUUAUUCUGUGCUCUACAGAAGCUGAGUUUCAAAAAUCUUCUCUUGAAAUUGGAAGCCUUGGAAAUCCCUCAUCUAUUCCUGUGACUGGAGAUCAACCUCCUAGUAUUCAUUUUGAAGAGGAUGCCUCUGAGAAAGAUGUUCUGCCCUCUAAUGAUGCUGAAGCUGAAUCAUCUAUUCCUGUGACUGGAGAUCAACCUCCUAGUAUUCAUUUUGAAGAGGAUGCCUCUGAGAAAGAUGUUCUGCCCUCUAAUGAUGCUGAAGCUGAAACAGCUGCUGAAUGCUCUGGUCAAGCCAGUGUUGCAGGUUUAAAAUUUUCACCGAAAGUCGAAAAUAGUGGAGCUGCUCAUGGACCAUCUGAUAUUGCCUUGGGAGAUAGUAGUGAGACUUUGCAGGACACUUCUGAAACUGGCAACUUGGAAGCUAAAUGUGAUGCUUCUGAAGACAAAGAGGAAACCAUGCCGGACCCUUUAAAGUCAGUCAUAGCUGAAUCUAGUGGUGCCAAAGUCAUCCCAGAAGCUCAUGUUGGAACACUGCUGCAAGAAAUUGAAACUACUGAUCAUAGCGAUGAAGCUUGCAAUAUGGAAUUGGACCCUUCUAAGGGUGAUCAAAUGGAUGGUUCUCAGAAUGUUUUGAUGGAACAUGAAAAAAUAUCAAAUGAGAUUACUUUGCCUUCUUUAUUGGUCACGGAGGAAGACAAACUCAAUAACUCUGAGAGAAGUCCAGUUGGCAACUCAGUAGCAGUUGGGGAGCAGAAAGGACCUGAUGACGCCGAAUCUGGUGAUCAGUUGGAUGUUUCUUGUGAGGGUGGUUUUAUGCCAGAAAAUAUAUCAGAAGUCCCACCUUCAUCUUCCUCGGUGAAAGAGGAACAAAUGAUUGAGAGUUCAUUUGAGAAGUUUCCUGUUAGCUGCUUGGUGGCUUUGAAGGAACCAAAAGAUUCUGAAGCUGGGAUGGAUAUUCAACUUGAUUCUGCGGGGGGCAGUGAGACUUUGCCAGAUCAAGUUAUUUUGUUACCUUCUUGUUUAGAGUCCGGAGAAGAGAUUGGAUGUUCAUCUGAGAAGGGUCCAGCACUUGAGGAACCAGAGAAACCAAAAGAUUCAGAAGCUGAAAUAGAUGUACAAUUAGAUUCAUCAAAUAACAACGAGGUAUUGCUAGAAAAGGUUGUAUCAGGUUCUAUCAUGGAAGAUAAGAUUGAGGGCUCAUAUCAGCAGGAUCCAGCGGGCAGCUCAGUGCCUGAAGAAUCAAAAGAUUCUGAAGCUGAAGGGGCUGUGCAACCUCUAGACAGUUCUGAGGGUUCUAAAGAUGUUCAAACUGAUUCGUAUCUUGCUGGCAAGAUGUCACAAGAAAUUUUUUUAUUAGAAAAUGCACAUCCUCCAUCUUCGUCAGUGACAGAUGCAGAAAAGAUUGAGAGUUCAUUGGAGAAGUGUUCAUUGAGCCUGUCGGUAGAACUUGAGAGGUUGGAAGGUUUUGAGGCUAAGGUGGAAAAUAGAGUGGAUGCAGGUCAUGAUGUUGUUGGUUCUCCAGAAAGUAAAAAAUCGGAAACCAUGAAUCUGCUUUCAUCUUCUUUAGCAUCAGAGGGAGAAAAGAUUGAGGGCUCAGUUGAUAAAGCUCUGUGUAGCAGUCCAGUAGCAUUUAAAGAAUCAGAAGACUCUGUGGUUGAGAUUGUUAAUGAUAUGGGUGCUUCCCAGAUUGGUGGAAUUUUGCCCGAAAGUAAUUUAGAAAAUAUAAAUUUACCUUCAUCUCCCCUGGCAACUUUGGAUGGAAAGACUGCUGGGUCACCUGAAAAGCAUCUGAUUGGCAGUUCAGAGGAACAGGUGGAACGAAAAGGGUCUGAAAAUGAUGUUGAUGACCAAAUUGAUGUUUCCCAUGCUGGCGAAAUUCUUCCUGUAAAUUCUCCCACUGCAGAAAAAGAAAUGAAAAUUGAGGAUUCAUCUGAGGAGGGCCAUGUUGACUGUUCCAUGGCAGUGGAGGAACCACAAAUUCCUGUAGCUGAGGUCAGGGAUCUAAUCGAUGCUUCUCAUGUUGGUGGUUUGGGUCUGGAAAAUUUGUUAGAAAAGAGUGAUGGCUUAUCUGAGAAGAGUCAGGAGGAGGGCAGCUCAUUAUCCCUGAAUGAAUCAAACAAGAACGAUGAUAAAAUCAGUCAUCAAAUGGAUACAAAUGAUAUACCCCAGGAUGCUGGGUUAAUGCCAGAAGAUAUUGUAUCAGAAAAGGUGGAUGUUGUUACAUCUUCUUUAGAGACUCAGGAAGAAAAGGCUGAGGGUUCUUCCGGAAAUAAUCGAAUGAGCAGCUUAGAAGCAGUAGUGGAAUCAAAGGGUUCUGAGGUUGAUGGUCAAUUGGGUGCAUCCCAGGUUAGUACAGUCUUGCCAGACAACGAUAGGUCAGAGAACAUGGCUCUGCCAGCACCCUCUAUGGUGACGGAGGAACAAAAGCUUGAGGGCUUGUUUGAGGAUGGUAUAGUCAGCUUAGUGGUAUUGGAGGAAUCAAAAGGAUCUCCAGCUGAAAUGGGUGAUAAGGUUGAUGUUUCUCAGGAUUGUAGGAUGGUGGCAGAGAUUGAAUCUGAGAAUUUGGAUGAGCCUCCACCUUCAACAUCAGAGGGUGAUAAUGUUCUUGGCUCAUCUGAAGUGGAAUUGGUUGUCAUCUCCUCUGAAAAUUUGGAUCAGCCUCCACCUUCGUUGACAACUGAGGGUGAUAAUGCUGCUGGCUCAUCUAAAAUGGAAUUGAUUGGCAGCCCCUCAGUGCCUGAGGAAUCAGAAUUGAAAGAUGAAGCUGCAACUGCUCAUGUUUCUGAGUCACAGCCAGAGGGCGAAAACAAGGAUUUGCCUCCAUCUACUUCGGCCCAAGACAGUGAAAAUGUCAAGGGAUCACCAGACCGAGAUCCAUUGACGGGUCAUGUUUCAUUGCCACAGAAUGAAAACAAGGAUUUGCCUUCAUCUUCAUCAGCACAAGAGGGUGAAAAUAUUGAGGGAUUAUCAGCGGGAGCUGAACUGGGAAGCUCCGUGGAUAUGGAGGGUGCGGUAGGGUCUGAAGAGUAAGGUUUUUAUGAAUGUAGAAUUUUGUACAGUAGGAAUAUAUUGUUGAUUCAAUUCAAGUGGUUCUACCACAGCUGAAUUUACACCAUAUGGUAAUUAAGAAUUGUUAUGUGUUGUAUAAAAAGGUUAUUGUUACUAACUUUCCUAAAAUUAUAAGAAAGUAGAGCAUUUAUACA